UUUCCUCUCCCCUAUAUAUAUUCAAUGAACCUCUACCAUAUUCUUCACCCAUAGUACUCAGUGAAUCAAGUUAUCGAAAGUUCGUUAUGUCUCCUAGCCAUACGGAAGAUGAGUUUGCUUCGAGUGAUUCGAGUGAUAGUGAGGAUGAAACUCUUUUGCUUGUCAACCUACUAACCCUAAACAUUGCGGCGCAGCACCUUCACCGCCGACGGUCCGGUCUACCCCGCCGUGUCAUUCACAGAGAUCAUUUCGCUGGAGAAAACCUCAUCCAACAUCACUACUUCGCCGCUAACCCAGUGUAUCCACCGCAUGUGUUUCGUAGAAGGUUCCGCAUGAGUAGGCCUUUGUUUCUCCGCAUUCUGCAAGGUCUUCAACAACACGAUAUUUACUUUACACAAAGAGUUGACGCAACUGGUAUGCCCGGACUAGGACCAUUACAAAAAGUAUGUGCGGCCAUGCGGAUACUUGCUUAUGGCUUACCUUCAGAUGCGGUAGACGAGUAUAUUCAAAUUGGGGAAUCAACGGCUAGGGAAUGCCUUCAUCAUUUUUGUCGCGCAAUCAUUGAUUGUUUUAGUGCUUGGUAUUUACGCACUCCAACUCAAGAUGACAUUAAUCGCAUCAUGCAUAAUAGUGAGUCGCGGGGUUUUCCUGGCAUGUUGGGAUCCAUCGAUUGCAUGCACUGGGAGUGGAGGAACUGUCCAACGGCAUGGCGAGGUCAAUUUUGUGGUAGAAAUGGUAGGGCAUCCAUGAUACUUGAAGCUGUUGCAACGUAUGAUCUAUGGAUUUGGCAUGCAUUUUUUGGCAUGCCUGGGACAAACAAUGACGUGAACGUGCUCCACCGUUCCCCCGUCUUUGACCCAAUCACUACUGGUCGAAUGCCCCCUGUCAAUUACACAGUUAAUGGUAAUGCGUACAACUUCGGUUAUUACCUCGCUGAUGGUAUUUACCCAAACUGGCCUACUUUUGUGAAAGCAAUCCGACACCCAUACGAGGAAAAGAAAGUCUACUUCACUCAGAUGCAGGAAAGUUGCCGAAAGGAUAUUGAGCGUGCUUUUGGAGUACUUCAAGCCCGGUGGGCGGUGCUCCGUGGACCAGCUUAUGGUUGGGAUCGUAAUCGUUUGACAGAGAUAAUGACGGCUUGCAUCAUCAUGCAUAACAUGAUCGUUGAAGACGAAGGCCCAUUUGCUGCAAACAUUGAUUUCGGAGACAACUCUUCAAGGAUUGAAUCAUCUCAAAUAAUAGCGGAAGGACGUGCCGAAUGGGUUAUUAACCACUUCGAUCUACGUCGCCAAGAUAGAUCGUGCUCCCUUCAAAAUGAUCUUGUCGAGCACUUAUGGAGUCGCCGUGGAAUUUUGUAAUACUAGAGUGUCGUAGUAGCUGAGUUCGUACUUACUAUCACUACUUGUUAUGUGUUCUCGUCUAAGUUUGUAUUCGAAUAA